UGUCAGUGGAGCUACCCUGUGUCACGUGACAUUGUUUUGCCCGAGCCGCGUGCUGUGGAGUGAAGGUGAAAAUGGCCAGAAACGAGGAGAAACAACAAGGGAGGCUGAACAGACUGUGGUUACAGAAGGAGAAGGAGGAAGGACGCCUCAAAGAUGUACAUGAGCGGAGACCCAAACUGUCUACGCUAAAUGCAGCUUCCUCUGUGAAAAAGUGGAUCCCCAGCAUCAAGAAUGAAAUCGAGUAUUAUUUGCAGCAAUCCCAGCUGUCUCAUUAUCCAGAGAGGAAGAUAGCCGAGUUCCAGCUGCACAUUGAGGCUUUAGAAAGAGAGUACAAAAGCUUCAUCUCCAAACUGCGAGUUCUUGACCCGUCCUGCAAACACAAGCCAUGGACUCCUCGGGCAUACAGCAAGAGGAGAGCGGACACACAAGACUCUCCGGUUAAUGCAAAAAAACCUUGGCCAUGUGAGUCACACGGCAGUAGCAGUCAGCGCAGUGGAGGUGAAAGUGAUCUGACCUGCAAAACCUCAGAGACACAGGGACCUCUCACUCAUUCGAGGACCAGAUUUCAAACCCCUGUCCCCACCAACCCGGUCUCUGAAACCCCAGAGGCCGUCUGUGCAGACCAGGACCAGCCCCUCGCCUUCGACCAUACAAAGCUUGCUGUGGCCGCUGCUGCAUUCAGAGGCCCAUCAGUGCAGCGAGGCUCCUCUGAAACACAGAGCCUAGCCAGGGUGCUACAGUCUGGCCUGCCAAACCUUGUCAACGCUUCAUUAAGGCAAACUUUUUCACCGCAGGUCAGAGACACAGAGAAUGAUGACGGGGCAAAGAGGAAAGGUGGCAUCCAAGACUGUAAGUCAGACUGUGAAGGAGAGGAGAGGAUACCUGGGAAAUCAUCCGAUCCAGGGUCAACAGAAGAGAGGACAGGUCAUGUCCUGGGACUAGACUGUUAUUCUUCUUCUGAUGAGGAGUAUGACACAUGAUGUUUUUUUUUAUCAUGAAAUAUAAUUUCCACAGAUUUCAAAUGUUUCUUGUGGCUCCAUGUUCAUAAGUAAGUGGUGUUGGUAGACAUAAUGUAUAUUGUCAAAGGUAUCACAGCAUUUUUGAAAAUGCCUUUUUUUUUAAUGCUGUGACAGAUUUUAGUAACUUAUUCCGCUGGACUGUCAAUUACGACAAGAAACGCUAAUAUUCGGUUGAACUAUGGAAAUGAGAAAUGAUUUUC